AUGAAGGGGUUCAGCGUCAGCAGUUUGUUCGGCCCCAGUAAGGGGGACGGCCCAGCUGAGGAGGGCGUCCAAGAUGGGGAAGGUAACAAAGCCGAGGAAAGUAGCAAAGUUGGGGAAAACCACGAAAGUGGGGAACCUGGCGAAGCGGAGGGAGGUGGGUCCCCCCCGGAGGUGAAGAAAGAACCCAAACAACUCGGAGACAUAAACAAAAUCGCGUUUUACGAAGCGGUGCUAAAACAGCUGCAGGACGACGAUCUAACCGAUUCGUUCGAAACCCUGAGGAAGGAAAUAAAUUUGGAGGAAAGUAAAACGGUGAAGGAAAAUUACCUGUUCAAGUUAUACUCGAAGAGCUUAUACAAGGGUGCGUCUGAGUACGAUAGGGAUAUUGAGGGAGAGGAUGGAAAAAAAAACGACCAACGGAAUGAUCAAAUUGCAAAGUUGAAGACAUACGGGAUGUUACUGAAAAAUGCACAGCUCCGUAGUAACAAUGAGACUGUGCUAAAUUUGGAUUCAUUAAAAAAGGACAAGGGAGGAAGGAUAGAAUACUCUUAUGAUAUUACUGACCGAGUGGAAUUAAUUCACCAGCAUAAAGUCACUUGCUGCGCAACGAACAGCACAAAAAAUGUACUGUGCUCAGGUGGAGCAGAUCACGUUAUAAAAAUUUGUAAAAUAUAUGAAAAUGUGAAGAAGAGAAAAAUACACACCAUUGACAAUAAACACAUGGGAAAAAUUAACUGUCUGAAAUUCCACCCUGUAAAAAAUAUUUUAUUUUCAGCUAGUGAUGAUUGUACUAUUCAAAUUAUUGAUGUGAGUAAAAUAUUAAAAAAGCAGAAGCCACAAUUUAGGUACAGAAGAAAUAUAAGAGAAAAAAUAAAUGAUCUCCCCAGCCAAAAUGUGGUCAUACAAGAUAAAAAUGCCUUCGUACAUUUAUAUGUCCAUCCCUGUGGAGAUUUUUUAUAUGCCUGUAAUAAAAAUGAAAAUUUUGUUAAACUGUUCGAUUUGGAAACAUUAUCUUGUUUCACUUCGUAUGAAAAAAAAGAUCAACAUCAUAGUGCCACCAUCAACUGCAUCAGUGGGACUUCAGAUGGAAGUUUGUAUUCUUCUGUGUCUCAAGAUGGACAUAUAAAAAUAUGGGAUGGACAUGAGUCCAAAUUAGUAUAUACAAAAUUGAAUGCUCAUAAUGGCUAUUCCGUAGAAUCUGUUACCUUUAGCAAAAGUAAUUAUUAUAUGCUUACCUCUGGACUUGAUGGGCAGACAAAAAUUUGGGAUAUUCGAAAUUUUGAGUCCCCCUUCACCUUCGGGAAUGGAUUCCUAUCAUGCACUUUCAACAAAAGCAUUUUCAUGAAUGAUGAACAUUUUAUCGCAAAUGUUAUUCAAACCAAUGACCACUUCACUUCCAAGUUUUACAUUUACAAUGCCUACUUUGGUAACCUUGAAUACAAUGUGCAGAAUAUACAUAACGACCAGAUUGCUGAUAUCGCCAAUGCUAGGGAUGGGCUGAAUGUCCACACUGCAGGCCACGACUACGUCUGCAAGACGGUGAGGAUUGAUCAGCGCCCCACGCACGACGGGGGGUGA